UGUCAGGUCAGCAAGACCAGUGCUAUCAAUAUGCUGCUAAAAGCAUAGAGAGUUCCAGGGAAAUAAAGAUGACUAAAUGUGCUUCUUACACACGCAGAGAAAUGCCACAUUGUGCAAGACUAAUGAGGUGUGGUGGGGCGGGGAGACCCAGACUGCCUCCUCCUGCAAGGGCCCCAUGGCGCAUAUAAAUCCCAGAACGUGCAGGGAGCGGACAGAUACGACGAGAAGAUCUGCAAAGAUGAGAGGGCAGACAAGAAGCUCUGCCAGCGCUGGGCUGCUUUUGCUGUUGGUCCUGACGGGUCUUCAGCAAGGAUCAUCUGCCCAAGCACUAAAAUGUGGCAUUCAAAAGCCCGUUAUCCGGAUAGCAGGUGGACUGGAUGCCCGGCGUGGCGAGUGGCCGUGGCAAGUCAGCCUCCAGUACCGCGGAGAGCACUUUUGCGGCGGAAGCCUCAUUAACGAGAGAUGGGUCCUGACUGCAGCCCACUGCUUCUAUGAGCUGGGAAUCAAAAUCUGUGCAUCUGACUGGAAAGUGGUGCUGGGCCGCGUGAGACUGACAGGCAGGUCUCAAAGGGGGCUGGAACGCAACGUGUCCGACAUCAUCCCUCACAAGGACUACGUCAAUUACGACAAAGGUGAUGACAUCGCGCUGGUGCGCCUCAGCGAGCCUGUGAGCUACAGCCGGGACAUUGCUCCCAUCUGCCUGCCGCAUGCCAACCACCGCUUUGCCUUCGGGACGCAGUGCUGGCUGAGCGGCUGGGGAGAAGUCGCCAAUAACGUCACCCUGCCAAAACCCAUGAACCUCCAGGAGAUGACCGUAGACCUGCUGACCAGCGACACCUGCAACUGCAUCUACAGCAACCUACGCAACAGGAGGAUCGUCAGCCCAGCUCGGCCUGGCAUGGUCUGUGCCAUGACUCCUGACCGCAAGAGGGGUCCUUGCAAGGGCGAUUCAGGUGGCCCUCUGGUCUGCAUGGAGGAUGGCUAUUGGUUCCAGGCAGGGAUCUUGAGUUUCUCCAUGGGCUGCAGACAGUUCUUUGGCCCCACCGUCCUGACCGACACCGCUUUCUACGCCGACUGGAUCAAGCGUUAUGUCGAAAAUGCCACCUUCGCCAGCCAGCCCGAACCCCGGCCCAAUACCACUGACAAGUACAUGUGCACAGGCUGCGGGGUGAUGAAAGCGGACAGGCCUGGCGGAGGGGCAGAGGGUCUCUGGCCCUGGUACGUGAGCCUCCGGCACAAGGGUCAGCACGUCUGUGGAGCCACCUUGAUUGCUGAGGACUGGGUCAUCACCUCUGCGCAGUGCUUCAUUGGGCUCCAGGAACCCGAGGGCUGGGAGGUGCUGCUGGGUGAGCAGCGGGAAGAGGGCAAGCAGACGUGGCAGGAGAAGAGGGCCAUCCAGCAGAUUGAACUCCACGGUGCCUAUGUGGAGGCGAAGGAAGGUCACGACAUUGCGAUGGCCAAGCUGUCCCAGCCUGUGGUGUUCAAUGACAGAAUCCGGGCCAUCUGCGCCCCGUACGCCAACCACCAGUUCCCCUUCGGCUCUACCUGCUGGACCCGCGGACGGAGAAUUGAUGGCAAUUUGAGUUUUCCGGGCAGUGUGGAGGUCAAACUCCUUGGCCCCAAGCAAUGCAACUGCAUCUAUAACAAGACCAGCAACGUGGGGGAAGAGAUCCCCAUCACCUCUGAGAUGAUGUGUGCCACGCCCAGUAAAAGCAACAUGCUCUGCCAGGAUAGCAUCGGUGACCCUCUGGUCUGCAACGAGAAUGGGACGUGGUUCUUGGCAGGCAUCUCCAGCUUUGGAAAGGGCUGUGGGACUGUGGUCCGUCCAGGUGUUUACACAUCAGUCAGUAGCUUUCAGGAGUGGAUCAUGCAACUGUCCUGGUCUGCUUACUAUGAUGUGCAGAAGCCUCCUAUUCCAGUGGUCAAUGACACGGAAACCUGCAUGCAUGUGUUUCUUUCAAGACCCAGCCGUGUUUAAUAAGACAAAGAAGAAAGGACAAAACUGGACACGGAACAGACCACGCUUGGCUGAAUGAAAAACUUGGUGGCAUCCCUUCUCGUCCACCUCUGGUUCUGCCUCCCACUCAAGAAAUGAUCCGAGAGCGUUGCUGGCUCCCACCACACAGCAGAGUCUGGGGAGGCGGGCUCCUUCCAGCUACCAGACGGACAGUUCUUUGUUCCUAUCUCAGAACAAUCCAGGGGGCUGCAUUCGGGUUUGUCGGGGAGAGGGGAACAACACCCAUCACACCUGAUGCCAACCCUGCAAAAUAACACUAAGAGCCCUGCCCUGCUGGGCAAAAUGGAGGGGGGCAGACUAUAGCAAGAUGCAGUUGCUUCUCAGGAUAUUUCCCCUCUCCUUUCCUAGACUGCAUAAUUGGAACCAAGAGGCCAGUCAGGUGCUCAGACAAUAAGGCUGGCCUUGGACAAGCCACCCCCUUCAACCUACUUCACAAGUGUGUUGCGAAGGAUAAAAUGAGGCAGGUAUAUGAGGACCCUCAGAGCAAGGCCAGAAACCUGCCACUUCCAUAACUGUCUGCUUCAGUGGGCGAAAGACAGACUCACAGGGCCAAACUUGAGACCUUGUCCAGGGCUGGAGUGAAUCUGAAUUAGCAUCAUAACAGGUUGGGUCUGAAACUUGAUUUAUGUGAUGAAAUCCAGCUUCUAAUCUCCAAGCGUAGCUGCGUUUUUCAGAAGGCAGAGUACG